UGUACAAACAAUUUUCAGAGAAAUAUGAUUGAGAAAAAAUACCUAGCUCUUUUAUCUUUUGCUUUUUUCACCAUUUGGAAUUUGAUUUUCCAAAUGGAGGUAACUGUGUCUAGGAAAAGCCUAAAAAUCUUGGAGCACUAUAAUUUUAAUUGCCUAGUGAAUCAAGCUGAAGGUUGUUUGCUGGGCACUGAAACCUUGUACUGUACUGCACCACGUGGACAACUCAUCUGCAGACCUAGAACCAGAUCUGUUCUGAAGACUAAUUGCAAUGGUAGAUUAGGAAAUGUAAUGAUGGCAUAUGCUACUCUACUGGUACGUAGAACAAUGAAUUAGAAUUACAAAG